AUGUCAGCUGCACCCUCAGGGGAUCUUGCUCCCUGCCCUACAAAGAUCAAGAUCAAGCUUAAAAGGCCAACCGAAUCCGAUUCAAUGCAAGCCUCCUCUACGCUUACGAAAGAGCUAACCGGUCAGACGAAGGCUACCAAACUUAAUGCUGAGACGGAUUCGAAUCUCAGCGCCGAUGGGGAUGCCUCACCAUAUUCUGAAAGCGAGGUGGACGAAACCGAAUGGAAGAGGAAGUUUGCUGAGAGGAAGAGGGAGGCGGAAGACUUGGAGGACGUCAACAAUCUCAACAACAACAAGCUGGAAAUCCCCGAUUGGGACACCAUCAUGCAACAUCCCAAUUUCAACCCCAAACUGCCUGUACGCCAAUGGGGGGCUCACGCUUACUCCUUAGGACUGGCCAAACAACUUAUGGUUGUAAAGUUCAUGAUCAACAACGCCUGGCAGUCGCAGACUCUUGUGAGGAAAUGGCAGAAGAUGGGCCGAGCAAUUGCCAAGGAGGGCAAGAAAAUUCAAUCUAAAAAAUAUGCUAACAAGCCCGGUUCGCUGUGGAUUGAAUAUCCAGAUGACGAACAAAACGAGAACACGGACUCCGGUGAUGAAGACGAUGAGGAUACAAAUGAAGCAGUUUCAGAAGAUGCAUCAAACAGGCGCGCCACGAAACCUUCCGUUGACAAAUCACCAACCCCUGGUGAUGAAUCCCCAGCGAGUGAAUCCUGCGAAACCUCCAACACCUUUCUUGCAAAAUUAAAACGUGUCUCUGCGUUAUCUAUCAAGUCGAGUCGCCCUGCCACCAACACGACUACCACUACUACAUCUGCCCCUCUAGCUUGCACGCGAAAAAGGAUUGUCAUACCCGAUCAUUCAGAACAAGGCUCUGAGUUACCUCAAAGGUCUAGUCGGUCUACCACCCACCCGGCUACCCACUCGGCCCCUCUAGCUCAAACAAAAAAACGCAUGAACUCUCUCGAGCUGGCCCCAGAAUCUGCAAGCGCCCCAAAAAAAGGUCGAACCUGUGCGAAACUCCAUGAAGUUAGCGAAGCCAUACGGACUAUACUAGUAGUUUCCGAGUUCCAUUCUACCUUCCCCUUAGCUCAACCUGGAAACCGUAUCUUUUUGGCAUUGCAUGAACCAUCUGGGACCAGUCUCUUCCGCCAAGAUCCUGAAGAACGCGCCCUCGAUCUCCAGAGGAAUCUUGAUUUGUGGUUGCCGGAUAAUGACCUUGAGAACACGAUUCAACUAGGCGAAUACGGCCUUAACGCGGUUAUUUUGUACAUUGAAAAAUUCCGGAACGAUCCUUUUUGGCCUGUCGAGGGAGAACAAAGACUGCUUCCAAAACUCUCCCGAAUUUCCGAAUUCCCUACACCCUCCACGCAUUCAGAUCAACCUGUGAGGAAUUCCAAUAUGACUCAUGAGGAACCAACAAACAAGAUGACGACCACGGCGCCAGACCAUCCACCCAAUCUCAACACAUCGCUCAAUAACAUUGAUCAUGUGGAACCACAGUCAAUGGUUGUACCAUCCACAUUAUCAGCUCCCGUGAUUAAUGUUUCACCUAUGGACUCGACUACAAACACUGUUGAACUUCUCAGAGUGUGGAAAGACCCAGAACAUCCAAAAAUUGAUAUCCGGUGUUCUUCAGUAACCUUUAAAAAGGAAACCGUGAAAGAUUGCAUGCUGAUGCAUGAAGCCUGUAAACGAUUGCUCCUGGGCCGCUUGUCAGCUAGCUUCACAUCGUAUGAUCCUAAUGAGCGCAGUAAAGGAAGUGAAAGGUUAUAUUUUAGUAAACAUGUGAAACUAAGUGAAUGGGUAGCUCUCAAACAAAACGAUGGUCUUUUCCAUCCUGGUUGUGAAUGCCCUUGGUUCAAAGACGAAAUCUUGGACUGGAAUUAUAUAGACUUCAAAUCUGGCGAAAAUCCAAGUAGUGACGUUCAAGAGAAGUCACUGUGCUACACCCUCAAUCACAUGCAAAAUGUGAAGAAGUCUCGCAUGGAGACGGCAGGCAAAUUUAUACUGGCGGCUGUGGGACUAGUUGGCACUGAAGGUGGCCCUAUUGAGCCGAUUGCGGAUCUGGAGCAUUACAAUCUUUCACAAUUGGAUGUGAAAGAAUCUUUUCAAUGUGCAGUCCACUAUCAAAAACUACAAAUGGACAACAACAGCAACAAUAAUCAUAUUCAAACUGUGGAAAUGAAUUGCAUCAAACAGCUGACUAAACUAGUUGAUUCAAUUUACGGAUGCAUUGAAGCCCUGGCGGUGAUUCGAGCUCAUAAUUUUCACUACAAAUGUAAUGAAAAACUUCAAGGCAAACAAAAAGGAAUGGAUGCUACUUUUCGUCAAGUUUCUUCUACCGUUGGCCUGAGAACACAAGCUUUGGCGCCUCUUGUUUCAUUUCUUUGUCUGGGAUUCAAGGGGCUGCUCACUUACUGGCGCGAUCCAUCACGGACAUACAAGACCGGUCUUAUUCAGGUUUUACUGGUAACUGCACGCAUGAAGAGUUACGAUUUUGUUGAAGAACCUAUCUGGAAACGAACAGCAAAUCUGGUGAUGACUACGAUAUCAAGGGCUCUAUUCCCCAACGGCAACAUUGACAAUGGAGUAGAUCGAUCAUCUUGGGACCGCGUGAUUUGCAAGAGGCAAGAUGUUGCCCUUGCAAUGUACCUAGACGUUUCGGAUUUCUUUCAGUACUCUUCUGUUUCUGAUUCUCUUAUCCCGCCAUACAUGGUUCCCGUAUAUGAAGCAUUGGCGCCUGACGAGACUGAUCCACAUGAAUAG